AUGAAACAACAAUACAAGAUUUUAUACCCACACAUAUUACAGAUGCGUAUACGUUUGAAAGAAUUCAACGGUGUCGCCGUAUGGAAAUGGGUGACGAACGAUGACUCCUGUGGAAUCUGUCGAAUGCCAUUCGAUGCUUCAUGUUCCGAAUGUCGUUAUCCCGGUGAUCAAUGUCCGGUGUUACACGGCGAAUGCCGGCACUGUUUUCAUGAACAUUGCAUUAUGAAGUGGAUCAACUCUCAACAGACAAAUAAACUAUGUCCCAUGUGCCGAGGUGAAUGGAAAAGUAUUCCGUAA